AUGAAUGGUUUACUCCGAAGCAAAACUGGUUGUUGGACCUGUCGUUUGCGCAAGAAGAAGUGUGAUGAACGAAAACCAUCACCAUGUUUAUUAUGUGAAUCUUUAGCGAUAACAUGCUAUGGGUAUGGAGCAAAACCGGAAUGGAUGGAUAAUGGGAUAAAGGAGAAAGAAAUGGCGAAUAGUAUCAAACAAAUCGUCAAGCACACAUCACGUCGAAAAAGUCGGCCAGUUGUGUUGGACACAGGUCAGAAUAAUGGCGAGAGUAGAGAGUCUUCAGCCAUCAAUCUCGCACAGAGGCCCUUGACUCUGUUCUCCAAAGAAAGCCACACUGUUAGUGAAGAUGGGGUUUACCAGAAGACAUCUUCAGAGUCUUCUCCUGCUCAUUCAGCACAUACCACAUCAGUUGAUGCUUCCAUGGCCCCAAUUCCAGACAACGGAAAAACUCUUCUGGGAACACUACCGGCUGCUGCUGGUGAAGCCGCUUUACUCAUGCAUUUCUUGGAUAAUGUCUUUCCACUGCAGUACCCAAUCUAUAAGCCUGAAGUGGCCGAAGGAGGACGAGGAUGGUUACUUUCGCUUCUGUUGAAAACCAAACCAUUAUAUCAUGCAUCGAUUGGUCUCAGUGCCUAUCAUCGCGGUGUUGUCCUUCGUGAAAAAAGUUAUGGUGGGUGUACAAAACCUAGUAUCGCUGAACAAGAGGGCCACCUUGCGAUUUGCUUGAAUGAGUUUCAGAAUGCAAUCAGAUCAGCUCAUGAUAGUAGCGAUUGUAGCUCGGCUGUUCCUGAAAGUAGCCUUGGAAUCAUGGCUUGUGUUGUUCAACUCAUCUUUUUCGAGGCAAGUUCCUUCUUUUAUGUAGUGCAUAGUUUAGUCAAGCUUUACUGA